AUGAACCAAGCUUCAUGGAGCCUCCCACAUACCCUUCGUCAACUCAUAAAAGCCUGUAUAGCCCAAAGAGAUCUUGUCACCGGCAAAUCACUCCAUGCUCAGUACAUCAAGUCACUGAUCCCAUGUUCUACUUACUUUUCCAAUCACUUCAUUCUCCUCUACUCCAAAUGCGGCCUACUUUCCGAUGCCCACAAAGCCUUCGACGAAAUCCCAGACCCUAAUGUCUUCUCGUUCAACGCUAUCAUGGCUGCCUACGCGAAAGAGUCCAUGCCAAAGGUAGCUCACCAACUGUUCGACCGAAUUCCCCAACCGGAUCUUGUCUCUUAUAACACCCUCAUUGCGGCAUAUGCUGACCGAGGGGAGACUGAGCCUGCCCUUGUGCUGUUUAGGGGUAUGAGAAAUAUGGGGUUAGAAUUGGAUGGUUUCACAUUUUCUGCAGCGAUAAAUGCUGCUUCUGAUGACAAGAGCUUGAUUACUCAGCUGCACUGUUUGGCCACUCUGGGCGGGUUUGAUUCGUAUGCUUCUGUGAAUAAUACUUUAAUUUCUUGGUAUAGUAAAAACGGCUCUUUGGACGAGGCUCGUAAUGUGUUCUACGGAAUGGGAGAUGUUAAAGAUGAGGUGUCAUGGAAUUCGAUGAUUGUUGCAUACGGGCAGCAUAGGGAAGGAUCAAAGGCGCUCUCUCUGUAUGAAGAAAUGGUGAUUUGUUUGGCGGGAUUCAGUUUCAUGGGCAGUUAA